UUUAAAGGCCAACCUCUAAAACUCCCAUGUCAGAUGUUGGACAUUAUCUUUGCGUUGGAUCAGACCCAAAGUAUUGGACAUGAAUAUUCAGAGAAGAUGAAGAACUUCACUAAAGAACUUAUGGACAGGUAAGUAUGCUUGUUCUUAAGAAAACGCUGGGCUGCCAAAAGUGCGAUCUAAAUCCUGUUAUUAGCUCCGAAAAAUCGCCAUAAUUCAUUUCUUUGCAUAGAUAGAAUAGAUUUGUAAAGAAGGCUUAGAUUCAGGCUUCAACGAGAUUCGAAGCACCCGUUCAGUGAUAGAGUUGCAGCGCUUUAUUCUACUGGGCUAGCGACAAAGCCGAUUAGAGUUGGUCAUUAGAGAUAUAUUUUCGUUUUGGCGUUCAGAGAUCAAGGAUCGGAUCACUUUGGUUUUGCCUUACCUCUCUUUGUGAUUGGUCUAGAAAACUCGUGCUAUCCUUUCGGUCAAUUAGGCGCAAAACUAAAACCAAGUUACAACCUUACCUCUCUCUGUGAUUGGUCUAGAAAACUCGUACCAUCCUUUCGACCGCACAACUAAAACCAAUUGUAACUUGGUCACUCGCGUUUUCCCGCGCUUAAAGCUUUUUAUCUGUUUCCUAGCAUGCAUUCUCAUUGGCUAACAAUAAUGCUAACCUUUGUUUUAAAUACCUGUUGUGAUUACAAAUGUUUUGGUAUUUCAACAUCCGAUUGCCUGAAACUGUUCGGAAUACAUCCUUUAAGGAAAAACAUAUCAAAGGGAAAUAAAAUGAAAAUCAAGGCUAAAUAUUUGAACUGCAGAAUCAAGAUUUGAACUCAUAAGAGAAAUUUUUCAUUGAGUGUCGAAAGUAACUCGGAAAUGCCGUGGGCUUUGUGAUUGGUCCAGAAAACUCGUGUUCCUAUCUCAACCAAUUUGAUUCAAAACCUCAGACCAAAGCGAUUCGGUCAGCGGUCACUCACAUUUUCUUGCACUUUAGGCAGUCUGUUUGUUUUUAAUUUGAGUCCUCGCGGAUCCCUUUUGACGCUUAUCUUAACCCUGAUUGGCCGAUUUGAUUACUUUGGUUCUGGUGUUAGAACACUUAAUCGAAAUGCGUUCUAUUCACUUGGAACAUAACUCAGCAAAGCAGUUGAGAUAUUUGAAAUUUAUCUACAGUCUGCUUAGUUUCCAAACCUCUCGUACGUUUAAUGUUCUCAUAAUUUUGCAAAAUCAGUGAAGAGUCCUCUUUUCUUCCGAUUGUUUAAAAAUGUUCAUAAAACAAUAAUCGAGUUUGGCUUCGGCAAAUAACUCAGACCUCGUGAUAUCAUUCUCAACCUCGUUUAAUGAAUGUUUAUUAUCUGUCUGGCUUCUAAAUUCUUUACUUGAAUCAUAAUUCUUUAAUCAGUCUUAUAUAGUUAGUUACAAAUUAUUUGCAGGUUCUUCGUUUCACCUGACAACACUCGCCUUGGCUUGGUAAAAUUUGGAAAAAGAGCGGAAUACGUAAACAAUUUGAAGCUCUCUCGAAGAAAAUCUGGAAGACAGCACCAAGUUUUGAAGCUGAUUGACAGCAUGCAUGAUUUGGAUAACAUAACUAAUCUUCACGAGGGACUGAAAAUGGCAUUUAAACAACAUGAAAAAUACGAUGCAUUUCAAACUAGGAGACGCCAACGACAGGAUGCUAAAAACAUCGUCUUCGUUUUAACGGAUGGUAAAACACACGACUUAUCAGCAAUGAAAUCUUUACUGAGGGUAAUGUAUUGCUUCAUUUCAUAUUGUAUCUCUCGUUCACUUUGCACUUAUAACUGAGCGCUCAACGUAAAGGUUAGGCAUGCGCAUGUGGAUCAAUUUUGGUCUUGUGAGCUGCGCGCUAAUUUCCCGCGCGAAAUUUGAAAGGAAAACAUAAGAAAUAAUCGCUGUCAUGCACUGAAUAUGAGAAAAAAUUAAAACGUUCAUGGAAAUCUGUUUAAGGAGCAAAAGUGGGGAAAUUUCGUGACUCAUCGAAUCUAAAGUCUAUUUACUUACCGUGGAUUUACCAUUCUUUUUUCGUGAGCUUGAUGAAAAAAGUUAAACGCUUUUAAAACACCUUGUAUUACUGACUAGUAUGGUUGUUCAUAACUCCUGCGAGACAAAUUGCUUUCGACCUCCUAGUCUCUUAAAAAUUCGCAUAUGCGUAGAAGUUUGACCACUGUGUUACAUUUGGACAGGUUGAAACCGUCCUACUGAUAUUCGUCUUCUUAUAGCCUCCUUAUGUGACUGCCGUGAUCGCUGUACUCCUGGGCCCGAUGGUAUCCGAGAAAUCCACAGAAGUGCUUGCCCACCUUGCAACCAAAAUUAUUCAUUGGACAAAGGUGGAUGGUACAGAAAGGGAUAAACAGAAAGUAAUGAACGAAAUUAUGGAGAAUUUUGAUUUCGAACCAUGCGGUAAGAACCGAUGGCUUACUUAUAAAAGCAGUUAUUAGAAAAAUUAAGUAAACUGACCAUAUUUUCUUUGUUGUUGAUCUCCACUUUAAAUUACUGAUGAUUAGAAAGUCUUAACUUAAUUUUUUCUACUGAGUUCAAGGCUUUCGUCAUCUUCAUUUUAAAGUACUGUAGUUUUAUUUACACUUACUUUGUUACGGAUUGUGGCGGUCGUAUUUCUGGACAAAAAAAAUCAGACAUAUACAAAUCGAACUAUUCUAAAAUGAUUAGGUGGAGAAGGUUUUUAAAGAAACUGAGGUACUCUGUCUGUGGGGGCAUUACAAGAGUUUUUUACGAGCUGACGUUUCGUUAAAAAUACUUAUACUCCUCUUCCACGCAUUAUUGUUCUCAGAAUCCAAAAUUCCAGAUAUUCCGAAAGCAAAAAAAUUUGGCUGCUUCGCUAAGACUACGGACAGGGGCCUAGAAGCCUUGAAUUCUUUGGAAUCCGACAAGUGCUUUCUCAUCGACGAUGAUGGCAGCCUAACGAGGGAAGACGCGUUUGAAAAGUGCGCUUGGUUAGCGUUUAAACGUGGGUACAGAGUAUUUGGUCUCGAUGGCAAUAACACGUGUUCCUCAGGGCAUUUGCUAUGGAGAUUUUAUAAAGGUGGUUUCGAAGCUGACUGUAAAGACAAAGCUGGUGGAUAUGGCUCCAACAUUGUGUAUUACUUUAAGGGUAAUAUUUUCCUCAUACCAUAA